AUGUCUAAAAAACAAAAAACAACUAUGUCAGAAUCAAGUAUCCAACAUGAAAAUUUUCAAACUAAAAGUAGUUUUGAAACUGACAGUAUUAUUGAUGUAACAGAAAGCGAACAAACUAAUGAAUUGAUAAGCAUCAAAUAUGACACUAAUAAUGAACUUAAAUUACUUAUUUGUACUAUAUGUCACCUUAAAUAUAAGUUAACCAAUACACCAGAAACUCUUGCUAAACAUUUACAUAGCAGAUAUAGUAAUCUAGUUGAUCAGAUUCUAGAUUUUGUAGUUUGUUGUCAGCUUUCUUUUUCUAUUGUUGAUAAUUUUUACUUUAUUACUAUGUUAAAUACAUUUGAUGCUCGAUAUCAAAUAUCUUGUCAAAAAACUAUACGAACUCAAAUUUUAAAUAAAUAUAAUAAUAUAUGCAAAAUUAUUUUAAAAGAACUUGAAAAUGAAGAGCAAGCACAACAUUUUUUACUUGACCUUCUUCUUCUUACUGGGCAACAUAUGGCUGUAAAUAUUAAACAAGCUAUUAUGCAAGUAUUAGAUCAGACUAAAAUUACUAAAAAGUUGUUAGGUAUUACAACUGAUAAUGCACAAUCUAUGAUAGCUGCAGGACAAGAACUUAAACAAA